UCAUAUCCUCGUUCAUGCAGUGAAAGCUUUAGCACAUUGGAACAAGUGUAUAUUAUAAUGGAGAGCUACUUUAAUGUUUAACUAGUUUUUGUCUAUAAACGACAGAAUCGGUGUGCUACACCUAAGGAAGAUACACUGAACCUCAACGAUGGAUGAAUGUGUGAAUGGCUUUUCUGUGGAUUUGUUUCUGCAUUGUUCUCUCGUCCCCGCCGUUUUCAUUGUGCUUUUGCUGUCAUUUGUGCAAAUUCGAUCAAAGGCCCAGCCUUUUGAGGAGCGCUUUCCAUACCUUAGGGGUCGAUUCGGCAUUGUUGUGCCUUUGGACUUCAUUGGCAAUCUAAGUAAUCGAUGGUCUUUUGGCUUUGCAUUUGGCGCUAUUGCUCCCAGUGUGCUUCAGCUAUUUUCAGAGUCUUACACACCAAUGAAAGUUCCAAACUGGGCUAAAGCCUUUGUGUACCUGCUAGGAGCUCUAGAAGUGGGCGUGGCUUAUUUCCCCUUUUUUGCUUGCCUCUCAACUCCCCACCGAGCGCUUGGAGGGGUUUUAGGUCUUCUGUACACACUCAUGUGGCUCACUGCUAGACUGUAUGACACAGCAAGCUGUCCAUCUGGAAAGAUUUUGGGCCAUUAUGAAAAAUUGAUCAUCCUGUGGCCGUUCUUCUUAUGUCUGUGUUUUCUGCUGGGUCGGUUUGUGUAUAUUAUUGUGAAGGCAGUAAGAAUCCACCUGCAUUUCCAAGAUGAGGAGAAUGAAGAGGAUUUACAAUUCCAUCAGUUCAGAUAUGUAAAGACUCUACUGAAACGCCCACCUGAGCCGUCAGAACCGAAGAGUUGGUUUCGGAGAAAAGUGUAUGACUGGGACCCGUAUUUUAAAUUCCCAAACAGAAUGAUUGGCACCUCCAUUAUUUCAUUGAUUGGCUUGUACACGAUGACACUUGUAGACUACAGUUUAAGCGACUUCACCUUCGAUAAGCUAGAUGCAUUGAAGGAUUCAAUUGCAGAGAUAGCAUCCACCUGUAACCAUACAGACAACAUGUUAACAUCACUUGUGCCUGGGCUGAAGGAGUUCAGCUAUGUUGCACGUAUGUCUUGGUUGGCGACAACUAUUUUUGCCACUCUGACAUCUGUUACUUACACUUUUCACGUGCUGGUAUGUUACAGGAAACAUAUCAAACGAUUGUGGAGAGGGGAGAAAAGCUUUCUUCCAGUGAAGUUUCAUAAACCAAGCCCUGCUGUCAGUGUGGCAGCUAUAACAAGAUACUCGGGAUGGCAGAUUGCCUUCACUCUUUGGGGUUUUGUGAUAGUUCACUUCAUACAGUUUCUUUUUGCCUUGAUAUUUGCCUAUGGAGUUGUUCUGCCAAUCCAGAACGGAAAGUUUCUACACUGGCUUUCUAGUGUAUCCAUCAUUCUACUAACAGUGUUCAUCGUGAUAGCCAUAGUAAUAGUGCAGAUUAUUCUGGUUCAGAUAUUCUUCCUCCAGAGCAAACUCUCACCUGAGGACAAACAAAAACCUCUUGCACUCAACAACAGAAAAGCGUUCCACUGCUUUAACUAUUUUUUCUUCUUCUAUAAUGUGAUAAUGGGGUUGAGCAACUGCAUUUUGCGCCUGUUAGUAAGCUGCAUUUUGGGAACGUGGUUGGUAUCGCGCAUUGAUCGGACCAUCAUGCAGCGGGGCUAUGAGUCCAUGGAUCCAGGAUAUAGUACCUGGAUAGGGAUGAUAUUCGCUGACCAUUAUCAUAGCAACCCAGUUAUGCUGUCUUUCUGCCACCUACUGCUUGGAAAUACACUGGAUCUGAGACCCGCAGAACCUCCUUACGAUACCUUUAGCAAUACCACAGGAUGUUCAGUAGGGGGCAGAGUACGUGUGCGCUGGCUGCUGCUCUACACUCUGCUGAGGAAUCCCAAACUCAUUUUGCUCAGAAAGAGAAAACCACAGGACUAUCAAGACAACCAAGACCCGCUAUUCGUAGCCCGAACAAUCACCUCACAAGCUCAACAAGCAAACGGACUGGUCAGCAACUGAUGAAACAUGGACUGUGAAAUAAGGACUGGAUUUGAUCAGGGAUCUGAAAGGAGAGAAAUGUGACUCAAAUGAAGUGAAUUAGAAUUAUUGGUGAAAUAAGUAUUAUUGGUCAAUCAUUUUGUAAUAAAAGCUGUUUAGGUGAACUCACCACACAGGUUCUUUGUCAAGAGAAAAACCCAGGGCUGGAAAUGGGGGCAGUGCAAGAGGAGUGAAGAGUCAAGGAAGUGAAUUUCACCCUCAAAGUGUAGAGGAUUUCCAUCUUCUAUCCAUGGAAAAGACUCCAAAUGCUAUGCAUAUUUCAUACAUGCUUAAAGUGGCAUUGUCGGUGUCUGUGGUUUAUAAAUAUAAUGUCCCUACCUAGAGUCCCCCGGCCUCCAUUGAAUCAGCCAUCAUCAGCACUGGGAAAACUAUUCCGUUACUAAAAAGUACUGUUGCGUUACCAUGGUCCAGUAAUGUCAUUAGCUGCUUAUAUUCGGGUUCUUUAAAUGUAUGGUAUUGUACCUUUGAUAUGUUUUACCAUAAUAUGUAUGUAAAAUUCACGUUCAAAUAAUUUAACAUGGUAUUUUAGUCUAUAUAAAGUUUUAAACUACACUCUAAAAAAAGGCUGGAUUAAACAAGCGUUGGGUUAUUUUAACCCAGCCAUUUGGGUUAAAUCUUUGACCCAACAUGCUGGGUUGUUUUAUUUAUCAACUAUUACAUUGCUGGUUUAAAACAAACCCAAAAUGUUUGAAAAUAAUAAUAAU